GGACUUUGGACAGACCGAGGAUUUAUAGAGCAGCAGAGCGGCGGCAUUAGAUUUAGGGUUUUGAGCAGAGAAGAAGCAAAUCAGCAUCAGCCGCCGCCAUGGUUCUCAAGACUGAGCUCUGCCGCUUCAGUGGCGCCAAGAUCUACCCCGGUAGAGGCAUCAGAUUCAUCCGCUCCGAUUCUCAGGUUUUCCUGUUCCUGAAUUCCAAGUGUAAGAGGUACUUCCACAACCGCCUCAAGCCCUCCAAGAUCACAUGGACUGCUAUGUUCAGGAAGCAGCACAAGAAGGACUCUGCUCAAGAGUCUGUGAAGAAGAAGCGCCGCUCCACCAAGAAGCCUUACUCGAGGUCCAUUGUCGGCGCCACUCUCGAGGUUAUCCAGAAGAGGAGGACUGAGAAGCCUGAGGUCCGUGACGCCGCUCGCGAGGCCGCUCUCCGGUAUUGCUUCGUUUUGUUUGAUAAGCUACAUUGGUUCAAUUCUAGCUGUUUUUCGAUUUAUUAACCUUGAGAUUAAGGAGAGGAUCAAGAAGACCAAAGAUGAGAAAAAGGCAAAGAAAGCAGAGAUUACAGCCAAGACGCACAAGACUACCAAGGGUAAUAUGCCCAAGGCUGCAGCAGCUCCCAAGGGUCCCAAGCUUGGUGGUGGAGGUGGAAAGCGAUGAAUGGUUUUCUUCCUAUGUACGCCUGUUUAUUUACGCUAGUUGCAGUUUUAAUUAGACAUUGAGACCCCUUUCUGGUCUGAGUUUUGUUCUAUGAUUGGCAUUGUUGACCAGUUUAAUAUUUGCUUGUUUAUGGUGGAUUUUCAAUUGC